CGCCUUGUCUCUAUUUAAGCCUUUCACCCACUCCAGUUGUAAUCAAUCGUCUUCUAGCUGUUACCCACUGACCCCAAAAGGGUUUCAAAUUUAACCCUUUUUUCAACCUCGAUUUCCUCUGCUUUCCCUCACUCCCCGAUAAUCUGAAUUCAAUGGAGAAACAGGGCUUGCUUCGACUGAUUUGUGGAGCUUUGGCUUUGCUGAGCAUUUCAUUGGUGAAUGCUGAAAACCCAUAUAGGUUUUACACUUGGACAGUUACAUAUGGGACUAUUUCUCCUCUGGGUGUUCCUCAACAGGUUAUCCUGAUAAACGGUCAGUUUCCCGGCCCCAAAUUAGAAGUAGUGACCAAUGACAAUAUCAUUCUCAACCUUAUCAACAAGCUGGAUGAGCCUUUCUUGCUUACAUGGAAUGGGAUCAAACAGAGGAAGAACUCAUGGCAAGAUGGAGUUCUUGGGACCAACUGUGCCAUUCCUCCAAACUCUAAUUACACUUACUCCUUCCAAACCAAAGAUCAGAUUGGAUCCUUUGCAUACUUCCCUUCUACUCAGUUUCACAAAGCUGCUGGUGGCUUUGGAGCUCUGAAUGUCUACCAGAGGCCGCGAAUUCCAAUCCCUUAUCCUGUUCAAGAUGGAGAUUUUACUCUACUUGUUGGUGAUUGGUACAAGACUAGUCACAAGUCCCUGCAAGAAUCUCUAGAUGCAGGAAGGUCUCUUCCCUUACCUGAUGGUGUUCUUAUAAAUGGACAAACUCAUAGUACUUUCACUGGCAAUCAAGGUAAAACUUACAUGUUCAGGAUCUCAAAUGUGGGCUUGUCAACAUCUCUUAACUUCAGGAUUCAGGGACAUAAAAUGAAGUUAGUGGAAGUUGAAGGAUCUCAUACUCUCCAGAACUUAUACGACUCUCUCGACGUUCAUGUCGGUCAGUCGUUAUCGGUUCUAGUCACCUUAGAUCAGGCUCCAAAGGACUAUUAUAUAGUUGCAUCAACACGUUUCUCUAGAACUGUUCUCACAGCAACGGCAGUGUUGCAUUAUUCAAAUUCCAACUCACCUGUUUCUGGACCUUUGCCUGCUGGUCCUACCAUUGAAGUAGAUUGGUCUGUGAAGCAAGCCAGAACUUUCAGGUGGAACUUAACAGCAAAUGCAGCCAGGCCUAAUCCUCAGGGCUCAUUCCAUUAUGGGAAGAUUAUCCCAACAAAGACAAUUGUUUUGGCAACAUCCGCUCCUUUAAUCAAUGGAAAACAGCGAUAUGCCAUCAACAGGGUGUCAUAUGUUAAUUCAGACACCCCUCUAAAGCUUGCUGAUUACUUCAACAUCCCUGGUGUUUUCUCUGUAGAUUCCCUCCAGAGCCUUCCCUCUGGUGGUGCUGCCUUCAUUGCUACUUCUGUAUUGCCAACCGCUCUCCACGAUUUCGUUGAAAUUGUAUUCCAGAACAACGAGCACUCUAUGCAAUCCUUCCACCUUGAUGGUUAUGAUUUCUGGGUGGUUGGAUAUGGCUAUGGACAAUGGAGUCAAGCCAGCAGAAACUCCUACAAUUUAGUAGAUGCUCUUACCAGACACACAGCACAGGUGUAUCCAAAUUCAUGGACAGCCAUAUUGGUAUCAUUAGACAAUCAAGGGAUGUGGAACUUAAGGUCUGCAAUCUGGGAAAGACAGUAUCUUGGGCAACAGUUCUAUCUCAGAGUGUGGACUCAAACUCAGAGUCUUGCCAAUGAAUACAACAUCCCUCCCAACGCUUUGUUAUGUGGUAAGGCCAUGGGACGACAUCUUUGAAUCUCGCAUUGCCGAUCUGUCUGCCUUUAGUCAUGAGAGUUUGACUACAUUACAUGGAGAGAAAAAAUGAGAAUCAUUUACCUCAAUUCUUUCAAUCGCUUGGAAACUUUUACAUGUAUUGUUCUUUGAAGUGGCUCAAUCAAGUCAUGCUUCUAAGUUGUUCAUUUCACUAUUUAUUUUGAGAAAGUAAAUGGACUUACAAAAAUAUUACUA